AUGCCUUUGCCACAGUCGCAAUCAACCCCUGGCUAUCAUGACUGGGAAUCGGACUCCGAUUGCGAGUACACAACGAUUCCACCACCCUCUUUUAUCGAAAGAUCGCGCGUCGACGACGUUCUGGACCAGCCACAUCAGACCCUGUUCAGCCGAGCGAUUCGCAAUGUUCUUCACUCGAAAGCUGCAGAGAUGGCAUUCGCCCAGCUCGCAGACGGACUGCCCUUGAAGAAAAUCGCCCAUUCCACGAGAGGAGUCCUGUUCCACAAUGUCGUUGAUGAACACGAGACACUAUGCCCAGGCGCGCUAGACCGAGCAAAGAAAUUGCGUGACGACUUGGACCCUGCCAGUCUUGAUCUGCCCAUCGCGCUGCCCUUUGUCGAGUUGAUCGCCGUCGCCAUCCACCGGAUUGCCGUCCUCCUCUACAAGCAGGGCAGCAUGCACAAGGAAACCGGGCUCCCAGUCGAGGAGGAUCGUCUCUGUUCUAACAGGGCAGAUGGGCCUAAUCGUCACUACCACCCACCGCCAUUCUGCCUGCACGAAUACGCCGACCCGGGACGGUACCCGGAGGGCGUAGCCGACAUCACCGGGUAUUGGGCCGAGAACUGGAUUUUUGGCGGUGUCGUGGUCUUCAGCCGAGGCGGGAGUGGAGUCGAGUGCAAGGAUGUGUGGUUGCACUCUUUCAGAAACAACACAACCCGUCGUGUGUGGGCUGUGUCGGAUGAUCAAUUGGCGAAACUCUUGAGCUUCCUUGAGUCAGAGGAGCAAGACACAUCAGAUUGUCCGCUCCCACUUGUGCUGGAAAAGACCAACAAGCGACGAAUGGACUCUGAUAAUUGCAUCCCCGAGCACAAUAUCUACCGGGAUCGAUGGGAGCGCAAGAUGAGGUUUGCUACUCGCAGUAACUGGGAGUUCGCGCAAAGUGGCAUGUGUGUCGACGAGGAGAUUCAUUAUCCCUACAGUGAUGAUAACGAGGACCUUUUCUGA